AUGUUAAAAAGACAUGGCCCGAUUGUGGAAUUCUUACCUCACGAUGUGGUAGAGCUCAUCCUCGAGGGACUUCCCGUGGAGUCUCUGCUGCGAUUCAAGUCUGUAUCCAAGAAGUGGAAAUCGACAAUCGAGUCCCAAAGUUUCCAAGAAAGACAAUGUAUCCGUCGUAGGCAAUCGCGAGGUCCAGAUGUCCUUUGCGUGUACCUCAUCGAUGAUAGUAUUCCUAUUGAUGAUGAUGGUCUGGACACAGAUGCUGAAAGAAUUGUGGUGGGGUCGUCAAUAGUUUCCACGAUCAGGUUCCCUACUUCGGGUUCGGGCAGCAUGUUCUGCCGUAAUAGUUGUGACGGUCUAGUAUGCCUCUACUCACUCUACAGACCGAGUGUCGUGGUGAAUCCCACCACUAGAUGCCAUCGAAGGUUUCCUCUUUCAAGCUAUCAGCACCUCGUCUUCAACAAGUUUAGAUACCCAACUCCUGAGCUUGGAUUCGGUAAAGACAUAGUAAGGGGCACGUACAAGCCGGUGUGGUUGUAUAAUUCAUCCGAGUUUGGUCUAGACGACGUUACAACUUGUGAGGUAUUCGAUUUUAGCACCAAUGCUUGGAGGUACGUUGUCCCAGCUUCUCCUUAUCGGAUUCUUUCUCUCUCGAGGCCCGUGUAUUUAGAUGGGUCACUUUAUUGGUUAACCGGGUGCGAAGAAACCAAGGUCUUGUCUUUGGAUCUUCACACAGAAACUUUCCAAGUCAUCUGUAAAGCUCCCUUUGCCCAUGUGACUGACCCUUACCACGUCAACAUGUGCAUCCUCGAUAACCGCUUGUGCGUAUAG